AUGCGACUCACCUCUAUUUUCAUGCUAGCCUUCGCCUCCUCAGUUCUCGCUCAAGCGGGUCAAAAAGUCAACGACGAGCGUACCAAGUCGCCUGUAUUCUGCAACAACGGGACGGCCGGAGAUGGAGCCUGCGAACAAAAUGGCAUGAUAACCUACUACUGCCUGAAAGCACAAAUACCAGGAUUCACUGAAUUACGAGCACUUUAUGCUACUGGCAGAAACCCCGAAGGGGAUGAUCGUUGUAGGAGUGAGGGGAGCGAGUUUUUUGGAACUAUAACUUGCUCCAAGUAGAUGGCAUCCGGUUGCCUUCCAGUUGCUGGAAUGCAGAUGAGCUUCUGGGAAAUAUGACAUUGCCGAAAAGAACAAACCUCGAACAGGAGAAGGAAGGAGUGGCAACUCGGGGUCGGAUAUUGGGGAUUAGGAUCGCUUUGGAGAAAGAGGAGAGCAAUUGGGAUAGACUGUUGUCUUACUAA